AUGCUCAUGGUCGGGUGCCCAGGCUCGGGCAAAGGCACUUUGUCCGCUCGUAUUGAGAAGCAUUUUGGUGUGCAUUUCAUUACCGCUGGCGACUUGCUCCGGUGGCACAUCCGGCACGGCACCGAGCUUGGCAAGCAAGCAUCCGAGUCGAUCCGUGCUGGGCGUCUCAUGCCUGACGCAACUAUGAUGCAACUGGUCGCUGAAAAGCUGCACGACAUGCGCGAGACGCACUGGAUCCUCGAUGGUUUUCCGCGCACAGAGGGCCAGGCCCAGCUACUGAGCGAAGAGCUCUACGCCGCGCAUUGUCCUCUGUCUCUUGUGGUGAACCUCAAGGUGCCCGAGUCGGCGAUUUUACAACGGAUUCUCCAGCGCUGGACACACAUGCCUUCGGGACGUGUGUACAAUCUAUCAUUCAACCCGCCAAAGACGCCGGGACUCGACGACCUCACGGGCGAGCCGCUCGAGAAGCGCGAAGACGACAAUCCCGACACGUUUAAAAAGCGCAUCGAUGCCUUCCAUACACAGACGGAGCCGAUGAUCCAGCACUUCCGUGCACUACGGAGCCCAUACGAUGAGUCGCUUCCUCUUCUUGUAGAUAUGGCCGGGAGCACUAGCAACGAGAUCUGGCCCAAGCUCCACCAACUGAUUCGCGAGCGAUUCCCUGAUCUUUAA